UGCACAUGUGCCCUGACCAGAAUCAAACCCAGGACCCUUCAGUCCUCAGGCCGACGCUCUAUCCACUGAGCCACACCAGCCAGGGCCGUGCUGGCAGCUUUCCCGGAGGCCACAUGUUUGUGCAACCCUGCCUGAGCCUGAGUGGUGGCCGUGUGUCUGAGGCGUCUUCACGGUUGUAAAUAACCGGGUUUAAGUCUUACUCCACAUUGUCCCUCUGUGGCCACACGGUCCCCACACAGCGGCAGCCCGUCGUCCGGCUCACGGGACUGAAAGAACGACACGCCUUGUGACAUCGGCGCCGUGUGCUGGGACUCAUCCAUCCCACCUGGCCCGGCCGCCAGCUCUCCUGACCCGGACACCAUGAUGGAUGGCUCCAGGUCGCUCCGUCUGCCAGAUCCACACACGCAACUGCUCUUUAUAGAACGUCCGAGCUGUACAUUAAGCACAAGACAGCUGACGUACUGCCGGUGAGUUAUCACCUUGAAGAAUUACAUCAAUGCAAAGCGAUUGCCUUUGAGCCUCCGCAGCCAAUCAAUGUAUUUGCCUUUUUUCUGGAGGGGAGGGGAGGAGGUCAUAGGAUCAUAUAUAUAUAUGCACAUCUUCGCUGAUCGCAGCCUGAGGAGGAGCAGAGCUCGGAGAGGAAGCUGAAGGAAGAGCCGUCAGUGUCCGCCAUGUGCCAGCUGGCCGCCUGCUGCCUGCUUCUCCUGGCAUGCCUGCCGCCGUUCCUCGCCCUCCCUGCCCCGCACUCUGGGGCCGCGGCCCUGCGGCUCUCAGGUAAGCGUCUUCCUCCUUUGCCCGGCACCUGGGCUGCAGCCCUUCUGCUCAUGAAACCCCACGAACGGCGGCUCAGCCUUGGUGGUGUCUCUAGGCCAGUGUAUGAGCUCCCUGUCCUGGGCACCCCUUGCCCCCAAGACAAUGGAGAGCAGGGGGAGCCGGGAAAGGCACUGCUGGAGGUGAGCUGCAUAGCUAACACCAUCACUCUCUGUGCAGCGGCCGAGGGCGGCGGGCCGGCGCGGGGCCGGCUGGACAGCGCGCCCCUGUCCCUCCCGCGCGGGCUGCGGGGGACGCCCGGGGCAGAGGCGGCCGAGGCGCUCAGGAGAGCAGAUCCCGGCACCAACGUGUAUAACCCGAGAGGACACAGGAGAACGGCUUCCUCUGGACAAGGCCCUGCCAUUGUACUGAAUCGCCUUUUGGCCCGAAUCAGGGAGCAGCAUGGGAAGCGCGGGCCCCGCUCCGAGUGCUUCUGGAAAUACUGCGUCUGAGGGAAGCCGCCUGCGCGUCCACUCAGAACCACCGGCUUCGAGAGUCACCCUCGCACACCUUGUCUGGAAGCGGCACAGAGGAAGCGCCAGGCCGCGGCUGCCCUGCCCACUGUCGCUCAGAAAAUAAAUCCUCUAUGUUUUGCAAAUAUCACCGGU